AUGCCUAGACGUAAAAGAGGAAGACAACCUAUGGGCUCACCAUCACACACUUCUGCUCAAAAACAAAAGGGCUCGCCUUCCCCUGAGCCAGAAGUUAUUUCCAGUACGCGUUCUUCUAGUAGAAAGAGAGGAAGAGCCAGUUAUCCAUCUACACCAGAAGAGACUACAGACACAGCCAAACGCAGACGGGAACAGAGUCCCACCAACAAAUCAGAUGAAGAGUAUGAAUCUGAUAUUGAUAGCACAGGAGAAACCAAAGUGGAUGCCAGUGGCAACUUACUUGGAGGUCGAGAAUAUAAAGUACCUACAUUUACAUUACCUGAACAUGGAGAUCAGUUACUCAUGUUGGCUAUGGAACCUACAAAGGCUCUUGGUUAUCGUGAUAGUUAUCUGUUCUUUCAUAAACAUCCCUCACUUAAGCGUGUGCGUAUCACAGAAGAAGAAAAAAAGGCAUUGGUCGAUAUGGGCAUGUUGGUGACUUGGUUCAAACAUCGCGAUGUAGCUGUCGUUACUGCUCGUUCUGUCUUCAAGUGCUUUGGACACAAAAUUAUCAAACGAGGCAAACGUAUCAAGGACGAUUAUUAUGAAACUGAACAUGAAGAACGACCUAGUAAAUACCGUAAAUCAGCUAACGACAUCAGUGAUAUAGAUACACCUGUACAAGAUACACCUAUGGAAGAUGUACAUCGUAAAUCGCUUAUUACUAGAACAGUCAAGUCAGAAGGAUAUGCUUCAGAGGCACCUAUGAAUCACCAAACAUGGAUGCAUCAUGCUGCAUUAGCAGCAAGAGGAUUUAAUGCUCAAUUGCAUGAACGAAGGGCAGCUAAACCAACAUUUUACGAUAUUCACUCGAAUGUAAACCAAGUUCCUUCUGCACUGCAGCCACAAUCAUGUACGUUUGAAAUGGUCAAGGCAGACACACCACAGGUUGAAUUUAAACCAGCCAGUCAAUCUCGUUUCCAUGGUAUUGGCCGAGAAUUGUUAGACUCCGCAAACCAACCCGAGAUAAAGCAAAUGGAUGAGGAUAGUCAAUUUCCUUUGGCUUUGAUGGAAGGACAAUUUCAAGCGAAUUUCCCUCUUCAUCAAGCCAGAUUUAAUUAUCCUGUGCCUAAAAUACCUGAUCCUUCCAACUUGAUUGACACUGCACAAUCAUUGGCUGCUCAACAGUAUUAUUUAGGCCUUGUCUAUCAAUCUGUAAAUCAAUACACACCCGAACAACAACAACAACAACAACAACAACAACAACAACAAAGACAGUCUAUUAACAAAAGACCACCACAACCACAAUAUCAACCUAUCAAAUUACCGCCACCAGAACCCAUUGUGUGUGGUGUUCCCUUGGGUGGUAAUCAAGUCUGUAAAAGACCAGUGAUUCGAGUAGGCGAACGAUGUUCAAUCCAUAUGGUAUCCAAACCAAUGUCUGAUUUUGCUAAAGGACCACCUCCUAACAUUGCUUAUUCAGACAACAAAUGUGCUGAUUGUCAUGAACUCAAAGCGGCUGAUAACCUGUUUAGUUCAGCAGAAGAACAUAUCACAGACGAUUUUGCUGUUGUCAAAUGUGCCAAAUGUACACGAAAAUACCACCCUAUCUGUGCUAAUCUGACAACACCACGUCAAAUUGCUGCUGUUGAGAGUUAUCCAUGGUCUUGCCCUGAAUGCAAAAUAUGCUGUGUUUGUAAAAGUGCUGGUGAUGAAUCCACCUUGAUGAUCUGUGAUGGCUGUGAUCGUGGUUGGCAUACAGGUUGCUGUAAUCCCCGCGUAGAGCAUGUGCCUGAAGGAUCAUGGCUCUGUCCACUCUGUGCGAAUUGCCAUGGCUGUGAUGAACAUGGUAUGGCUGCUGAAUCACAAUAUACACACGCCAUUGCACCCCCAAGCGAUCGAUACAAAUACCCCGUCUAUUUAGCUACGUACUGUAACAAAUGCAUUGAGCAUUUCAAUGGAGAUCGAUUCUGCCCUGUCUGUCUCAAGACAUAUGCUGAAGAAGAGAACGAUGACGAAGACAAUGAAAUGGUAGCCUGUGAUACAUGUGAUCAUUGGGUUCAUACACGCUGUGAUGAAAUAUUAACACCUGAGAAAUAUCAAUUGUUAUGUGAUGAAGAAGAAGCCAAAUAUUCAUGUCCUAUGUGUGAAGAUAGAUACAAACGAUUGAUAGACACAAGUACAGCGGAUUUAGCACUGAAGGGGUUGUCUGCACCCAGUGGAUUUUGUAUAGGCUUAUUAGGAGGAAAAGUAAGUCAUCCCAAGUGA